AUGGAUAGACAAACAUAUCACACUUCGACUACUAAUCAACAAAAGUCUUAUCAAACAGUCAUGAAAGUUAUCUUUGCACUCGCCAUCAUCGGCAUUUUAGCCUUUGUAUUAUAUACCCCAACUGAAGCCAAAAAGGGCCCAACCAUUACCGACAAGGUUUACUUUGAUAUUGAAAUCGGAGGAGAAGAAGUUGGAAGAGUAGUAAUGGGAUUAUACGGAAAGACAGUACCAAAGACAGCAGAAAACUUUAAGCAAUUAUGUACUGGUGAAAAGGGUAUCGGACAAUCAGGAAAAGCACUUCACUAUCAAGGAUCAAAGUUCCAUCGUAUCAUUCCAAACUUUAUGAUUCAAGGUGGUGACUUUACAAGAGGAGACGGUACUGGUGGUGAAUCAAUCUAUGGCAAGAAGUUUGACGACGAAUCGUUCAAGUUAAAGCACACCAAGCCAGGUCUUUUGUCAAUGGCCAACAGUGGACCAAACACCAAUGGAUCACAAUUCUUUAUCACCACCGUUGUCACCUCUUGGUUGGAUGGUCGUCAUGUUGUAUUUGGUGAAAUUCUUGAAGGUAUGGAAAUCAUCAAAAAGAUCGAAGCUGUCGGUUCCCAAAGUGGUACUCCAUCAAAGACUGUUGUCAUUUCUGCUUCUGGUGUAUUAUCAGAAGAAAGAGAGAAAAAAAUGAUAACAAAUAAUAUAAACUCAUUCUUUAAAAAUACAAAAAUAUCAGGACUAUCACAAAAAGAAAAUCAAAUGUUAUUGAAUAUGAACCCAAGAGAAUUUUCAAAGAUAUUGAAAGAAUCUGGAAUUCUUUUUUCAAAGUAUCCAGCUUCACUAAUCAUUCAAAAUAGACCAAACAAAUUAUUUUCAAUUUCAAAAGAUGAUUCACUAUGGAAUGCAAUUUCAUAUAUGGAUAGUUCAUCAAGUAGAUUAUUUGUUCUAGAUCAUCAUCAAACAAUCAUUAAUUUAUUAAGUGAAUCAGAUAUUAUUAAUUUGGUUGCUCAAAAUAUUCAUCUAUUAGGUGAGAUAAGAUCAAAAACAAUUCAACAAAUUGGUUUAUGUAGCGCACCUGUUAAAGUAUACAACAAAGACAUGAGAGUAAUAACAGUUUUAGAAUUAUUAUUACAAAAAAAUGUUUCUGCUGUUCCAAUUAUCGAUCAAACUGAUAAUAAAUUGAUUGCCAAUUUCUCAGUAUCAAAUUUAAAAGGAUUAGGAGAGAAUAAUUUCUCAGAGUUAAUGUUACCGGUUUAUGAAUACCUUCAAUUCCAAAGUAUCAAAGAAAUGAACAAAAAGCAAUCUUCAUUGGAAAAAUCAUUCCAUCCAUUGGUUCUUCAUGAAUGGGAUACUUUUGAGAAUGCAAUCUUUAAAUUGGCAGCAACCAAGGUUCAUCAACUUUGGGUUGUCAAUAUUGAUUACGUCCCAAUAUCAGUGGUAACCAUUAAUAGUAUUUUAAAGUUAUUAACUGUUCAAAGAAUGGAUUUAAGACCUUAA